AUUUUCCAUUAGCAGGUAAAGUGGUAUAGAGUUGGCGUUGUAUCAGAUCAGUUUUGCAAAACUGAUCCGGUACCGCCAGCUCCUAUACCACUCCAUCAUUUUCUCAUUCCUAAUGAAACAACUUACGGUUGAACGGCGAGUUUAUUGUUUCGAAAACAGCCAACGACGAUGGCAAAAUCUGGGAGCUUUGCUGUGAGUGUGUAAAGUAGAUCCCUUCGCUUCUCACACUGCGCGUGUUGACUUCAAGCUUGGUUUGAAUACGUAUCAUCGCAAGAAAAGUAUAGCAGAAGACGGUAAUGGCUGAGGCCAAUCUUAACGAAUCAGUUUCAGAGGCUGAUAAGGCUACUGAGGCCAAAGCAUUCUUUAGUAGAAUCGUCACUCCCAUUAUCGAUCAUUCGUCAGGAUUAGAUUUGUUGGACCCAAUAAUGGUGCAUCUUAUGGAAGAUGAGUCAAAAAGUGUUAUAACUCCCGGACGUCACAUUGUGCCCGUAGAAUAUGUUCGAUCCUCCGUUUCCAAUACUCAAGACGUUAUAGAUGCAGUUAAUAGAGCUAAGAGGGAGAAGAAAGUCCUCCGUGUCGUUGGAUCGGAACACUCCGUAAACGCGGCCAUUUAUCCUAAGGAUGGCAUCACACUGGUACUGAAAGAUGACCUUCGAAAAGUAGAAAUACUGAAAGAAACCGAAGAAGAUGGCAAGAAAUGGUUGUAUUGUCGUAUCGGAGGAGGCUGCUAUCUUGGCAAGGAUCCCUUGGACCCUCAUUCAACCUUCCAGAAUUCAGCUUGCUAUCAGGUGGCAGUCCAGGGGUAUGGCUUUCCUGAGCUGGGAGGAAUCAUCCAGCAGUCCGUUGGUGGCUUUAUCAUGACUGGCUCUGCAGGUGGAAGCUUAAAGCAUGGCUUUGCUGAUGUCAUCCAAGAGAUCGAGUUUGUGGACGGCAAUGCACAAGUUCAAACGGCCAAACCUAAAACUGAUCUUUGGUGUGCAGUAGGUGUUUCCAUGGGGCUGUUUGGUGUCAUUACCCGAGUAACAUUCCGUCUUCCACCGAUGCAGUUUAUCAAAGGGUCAGAGUCCAACCACAAGUUUGCUGACUCCAUGCUUGGACCCAACAACAAGGGGCAGAGCAAGCUCAGGGAAAGUCUUGAAGAAAACGAAUACAUGCGAGUAAACUGGUUUCCACAAAAGGAAGUGAUGCGUGUUCAGGAAUGGGUUGGUCAACAAUCCUUCGAAAAGAAAGAUAUUGUACCAUACAACUCCAUUUUGUCCAACAUAUUAGCAGCUGGUAUGGCAGCCAUCGCACUGUCCAUCUGCAAUUUCAUCCUGCAAAAGAAAGAUCCAACAGCGCUGGACUACGACAUCAUUGGCUUGAUAUUGUGUCAAUUUGUCCCCCUGAACGACAAACCGACCAAGUUCUACGACAUGUGGUAUCAUGCUCUGCCUAUGGACAACGAAGCCCAUGUGGACACCAUCAUUAGGGUGGACUUCACAGAGAUCUGGGUUCCAAUCAGCCAAUGUCAAACCGUGAUGGACAAGCUCCAAAAGCUGUUCUCUGAGAAUCAAAAAGCGGCCAACAACUUUGCCACUGAGAUCUAUGGCGCUAAGAGCUCUCCAUUCUGGCUGAGCAUGUCAUACCAACAAGACAUGGUGCGAGUCGAUCCCUACUGGUGGGCCUACAACAAGGGCGACGCUAGGACGUUCUUCUCGUACUUCUGGGAUAUUUUGCUGGAAAUCCCUGGAACUCGCCUGCACUGGGGCAAGUACCUUCCACUGCCUGGUCAAAAGUGUGGAAACACCACAUUCAACGCAGAUUAUCUGAAGAGUGUUUACCCUAAGAUGGAUGAUUGGUUAAAGCUGCGAGAACAACAUGACCCCGACCAAGUGUUCAUGACCGAUUAUUGGCGUGGUAUCCUCGGCAUAAAACCCAAGACUCAAUAGAGUGUCAUUUGAAAAACUGGUAGAAAUGCAAAUGAUCUGGACCCAUUUGAAACUUUAGUUUUUUGUGACUGUAGACUUGACGAGAACAUGACCUUUGAGGUGCUUUAGAUAAAAACUGCAACCGUUUGCAGCGUAAUUACCUGAGAGUAUAAGUAACCAAACACUGAUCAAGAUUUAUUCAGACAUACUAUUCUUGUACUUCCAGGCGUUCUUUUUUUUAACGAAGUGUUUUGUUGAUAGGAUUUGAAGUCUUGAGGAGAACUCAAACUUUGAGAUAAUCGUGAAAGAAAUUGUAAUUGUUCGUAAUUUAACCUUGAAACAUUAUUUACCAAAUACCGAGUGCUACGUGCCUGAGCUUAAGGGAUUUUUGUAAGGUGAGACGUUUAUGUCCUAGAAAUUCAAUCUUACCCUGUACAACUGCAAUGUUUUUGAGCUGGGGUGUAAUUAAAUUUGAAACACUG